AUGGGUAUUGAGGAUAAUUAUGUCAGCAUUGAGGCUAAUGAAGUCAGUAUUGGGGAUAAUGAUGUCCGUAUUGAGGAUAAUGAUGCUGAAGGUUGCGGCAUCUACCUGUUGACGAUGACCAGCGCUAUUUUACUCGUUUCUCCCUCUCUAUCUUCACCAUCUUUAUCUUCGUCACCAUCUUCAUCUAAGUCUUUCUCCUCUCCGAUGAACACCCUCUCCGCCUCCACACCAUCUCUUCCUCCGACCUCCGCUGGCAAGAGAGAGGAGAUCGUGGUGAACGAGACGGAGGCCGGGUGUAUGGUGACUCCUGGGAGGCCGAGGGUCAAGAGGGUGGUAGAAUAUACAACAAUAACAGACCACUUUAGGGCCAAGCAGUUCCAUGACGAGGUGGCAGACUUGCUUGUCGCGGUGAGCGGUUCCCUACAGCAGUGCGCCCUCGCCAUCACUGCAGACGAGGCUUCACUCCCUUCCGUCGACCUGUUCCUCAAGAGAAGCCAGUUGUCUCCAGUAACGCUCUUUACCCUCUCUAUCGACAAGGGAAUUAAGGCACCCUACUCUAUGAUAGGCCGAGAGACGUGCACUCACUAUAUCUUUUUAGUGAAGAAUGCCAAGGCUCUCCUCCGACUUCUCGAGAAUAUAUUCGAGGAGGACCUCAACCUCUUGGCCAAAUUCGUCCUUGUUACUGAGCUGAAGAAGGAUGGAGUACAUGGUUUUCUGAAGUCCUCCCCCAUUAGCAAAAUGGUGAAUGUCCUACUAGCAACACCAUCAUCCGGAGCAGGCGAGGUGAUGCUGCAUCUUUACACGCACGAUUUCUUUCUCAAUAACCAGAGGAUCUCGUCAAAGUUCCUGGGCGCUUGGAGUAAAGGCGUUUCUUCGAGUAAAAGGAGAAAUUUCGAGUGGUUUCCGGGAAAGCUGAACGAUUUUUAUGGAUUCAAGGUGCGUGAAUUUUGCAUAAGGGCAAGGAUACAGAAGGAAAAAUAUAGAUAGUGGAAAUAUCAAACGGAAAAUAGAUUAUUGGACAUGCAAGUUCUUAAGAGUGUGUCGAUAGAAGAUAUUGUUCAGUUCAAAUAUGAUGUAAAAAAAAAAGCAUCGUCAGUAUUUCAUGG